AAUAUCAAUACUUGCGUGAAACAUCCAAGAUGUCUGCGUCCAGGAAAAGCAGACUUUGAACCUCAAUAACUAGUCUCGGUACACCGUCCUAGUUUGUGACUUCAGUAUGUGAUAACAUAGGACCAACAAAGUCUAUGUCCUGGAUCAUACGGAUGAGCGUCAAUCGCUCAAAUUCUCGUUUGCAGGUCCUUAAAAAGAUCUUGCGAGAUGGCAUACAAAAAAAUGACCGUCUUCUCUCCAUCCGACGGUGUUCCAGUCAGACUGAAGGUGGCAUAGACAGAAUAUCCAUAGGGGACAUAUCCAUCGCCAUCAGACAGCCAUCCAAUGUGGAGGUGGUGCCAGUCCGUUACCUACACGAGAAACCACCACAGUCAGUCUUGCAUCAUCUGAAAUGGAUCAUGCAGAAGGAUGGCCUCAGACAAGAUGUUUUUCUGAUUGGUGGGCCUGGUCCGUUGAGAAGACAAGUGGCCAUGAUGUAUCUGGAAUUGACCAGGCGAGAAGUGGAAUAUGUGUCUCUGUCACGCGAUACCACGGAAACAGAUAUCAAACAGCGGCGAGAGAUUGUCUCGGGCACUGCUUACUACCAUGAUCAGCCAGCUGUGAAAGCUGCCAUUGAAGGAAGGGUGUUAGUACUAGAAGGCAUUGAGAAGGCAGAGAGAAACGUGUUGCCUAUAUUAAAUAAUCUUUUGGAGAAUCGAGAGAUGCAACUGGAUGAUGGAAGGUUUUUAAUGUCUGCAGAAAGAUAUGACAAAUUGUUAGCAGAUCAUUCUAAAGAGGAUUUAGAUGCAUUAAAACUAAUCAGAGUGGAUGAAAAUUUCAGAGUUAUUGCCCUUGGUCAUCCUGUUCCCCGUUACCGUGGAAAUGCACUUGAUCCACCAUUGAGAUCUCGGUUUCAGUCUCGUGACAUCAAUGCUUUGCCUUUUAAAGAGCAACUAGAGUGUCUGCAAGAGGGGUUUUCAGGAAUCCAAAUAGAGAAAAUCUCUCAAAUUCUGUCCUUUGGUGCUGCAGUCAAUACUCAGGAGUCCUCAACACUUGGACUACCCGAUUUUCCUCUGUCAAAUAUAUCAGGUGCAGUGAAAAUGUUACAAACAAAUAGAAAAAUGGAGGUGACAGAAGUGAUCGACAAACUCUAUCCAUUUAGAGUCAUUCUGAACAAGGAGGGUAUUACAUCUGUCAAAAAUCUCCUCAACAAAUUCGGUUUAAAACAUAAAGAUGAAUAUGUUACGAAAGGUCAAAUUACAUCUGUUGAAAACAAGAAUGAAAAUCUUGUAACAAUAGGGACAAAUGAAACAGAAAAAUUUGAUGUUAUCAAAGGAUGCCUGGAAACAAACAGCAGUAGUGAAUCAUUUAUACAAACACAGUAUCAUAACUCAAUCCUGGUUGAACUUGUGCAAUCACAUGCUGCUCAGGAUUUCUGCAUUAUUGGAGCUCGUGGCUGUGGCAAAAGUAUUUUAAUAGAGAGGUUUGCUCAGCUUUUAGGAUAUGAAUUGGAACCAAUCAUGUUAUAUCAGGAUAUGACAUCACGGGAUCUUCUGCAGAAGAGAAUCACUGAAUCGAAUGGUGACACUACAUGGAUAAUAUCUCCACUGGUUGAGGCAGCUCUAAACGGACGCCUUGCAGUUCUUGAUGGUCUUCAUCGCAUAAACCAAGGUUCAUUUGCAGUCCUUCAUCGCCUUAUCCAUGACCGAGAGCUCCAGCUAUUUGACGGUACACGUCUCUUGCAACACGACCGCUAUGAACAAAUAAAAACAGAUAAUGAACUGUCUGACCAGGAUAUGAAAGAACGGAAGGUUUUCCCGAUUCACCCCGCCUUCCGCAUUGUUGGUCUAUCUGAACCACCGGUCCCUGGGAGUGCUUCUCAACAAUGGAUGACACCGGAAAUGCUGACAAUGUUCCUCUUUCAUCAUCUGAGGCCAUUGUCUUUGGGGGAAGAAAAGGAAGUUAUAACAAGAGUCGUACCAAAAUGCCCAGAAAUGGGCAAACUGUUGACUUUUGUUCAUGAACUCCGCAAGUCUACAGAUCCAGCUAUGGCGUCUAUCGCUGCGUCAUUAUCCACGCGCCAGUUAAUACGAAUUGCUAGACGUUUGUCUAAUUUUCCAUCAAAAGAUCUCCACGGAAUAAUUCAGAAAGCUUGUAUGUCAAGUUUUCUUCCUAAAUUGCCUCGAGAUAGUUUAGAGCAGACGAUGAAUGCAGCUGACAUAAAAGAAAUGCCAAAAUCAGAAAUGGACACCAACAACAAUCCAGACCAUCUUAUUGUGUGUUCUGUAAAGGAUGGGACGUUAACAAUAGGAGAUACAUCAGUACCAGUGUUUAAUCCUGAAAACAAAACUAAAGUUCCUGAUGUGCUGUUUUAUGAGAAUCCUCAACAUUUAGCAGUAAUGGAAGACAUGCUGAGGGAUUUUGUACUCGGCGAGCACCUAUUACUGGUUGGAAAUCAAGGUGUUGGCAAGAAUAAGAUAGUGGAUCGUUUCCUUCAUUUAAUGAAUAGACCUCGUGAGUAUAUCCAACUCCACAGAGACACAACAGUUCAAACUUUGACCUUGCAACCAACUGUCAAGGAUGGCGUUAUUGUGUUUGAGGAUUCACCUCUCGUGCGGGCUGUCAAAAUGGGUCAUGUGUUAGUAGUCGAUGAGGCAGAUAAAGCGCCUACUCACGUCACAUGCAUCCUAAAGACGCUAAUCGAAUCCGGUGAAAUGCAUUUAGCAGACGGGAGAAGAAUUGUAUCACAUAAAUCUGGACAUGUCUCAUUGGAUAACACAAUUGUAGGCCAUCCAGAUUUUAGAAUGAUUGUUCUGGCAAACAGACCUGGAUUCCCUUUCCUUGGAAAUGACUUCUUCGGAGCCAUGGGAGAUAUAUUUAGUUGCCAUGCUAUACUAAACCCUGAUGUGGAAUCGGAGAUGUCCAUGCUGCAACAAUAUGGUCCUAAUGUACCAAAGGCUGUGUUGGAGAAAUUGGUGAGUGCUUUUGGAGAACUCCGUAACAUGGCAGACCAGGGUUUGAUAUCCUAUCCCUAUUCAACCAGAGAAGUAGUCAACAUCGUCAGACACAUGGAGAUGUACCCAAGUGAUGGUCUGAGAACAGUCGUAAAGAAUGUGUUCGAUUUUGAUGCCUACAGUAAGGAAUUGCAAGAAACUAUAAUUAAAACCAUGCAUAAACACGGUAUACCAUAUGGUGUAUCCCGUGCAGAGGUCAAUCUAGCCAAAGCAUUUCCCCUUCCUUCAUUCACUAAGGUCAGUAACUGGUCAAUUCAGAGGCCUGAAGCAAAACGAAGAACUUCGAUGAUGAGUUUGCCUGUGGAGACAAGUGCAAUAACCAUCAAAGGUCCAUUAGAGGUGUUCCCUCAAAGGCUUGCCUUAGACAAAAACACUGCUCGAGCAUCACUCUUUACUGAACAGGAAUCAUACUGGACGAUUCCCAUGCAUGAGACAAACAUAAUCAGUGAUGUAGCUGUUACAAAGGCCUCAAAUCAGGCGGCAGGGAAGUUUGACAUCGUUCAUAUUGUUACGGCUAACCCCAUUGGAUUAUUUUCCAUGAUCCCAAAGCUGUCGACAUGCUCGGUCAUUGAUCUCUAUGAUAUGUUUCCAUCAACAACAGGAUCAUAUCGUCCGCGUGUCCGAAUCGCUCCGCUGGCGGAACCUCUCGACUCAAACGUAUUCCUUCAUGAAGAAGUUACGAACUCUAUCCUUGUUGUCAAUUUUAAUACAGGUGAAGUUUGCAGACUGUCCUCACAUGCACUCCCAGAGAUGCCAAUAGAGAAAAGACGAUUCCCUGCUGCUGCUUCCACAUCUCCUAACCCUUAUCGGAUGUGCCCCAGUACCCUCCCAGACGCAAAAGGAACUAUUCUGUUUUACAAAGAAGGUAGUGAUAAUAUUGUGGCUGUAACAGGAAAACAUGCUCACUCAGUGGAUGUCCCUCUGGUAAUUAGCAAGGCACAUCAAACUGGAGCAGAUCAAUGGUUACUAAGCAGUGAUAAAGAUGAAAAGUUCUUAGUCCGUAUGGCAGAAGACAAUUCAUUUUCUCUGUAUCCAGUCAGUGAGAAUGGUGACAGUGCAGUUAUACGAGAGCUCUCCUCUGUACCGCUUAGUGAUAAUCACUUGAAGACGUCCCUGUCUACCGAUAAUGUAGGACCAAACAGAACAUCUGUGUUUCGUGAUUCAUACAUGUCGGUCAUGCUCGGGUUUCCAGAAUCAACAGAUGUGGAGGUGUACAGCUCUCCGAGAGAACCAUUACCCGAGUCUAAAUCAAAGCCUCAGGAAACUACCAGCACUCCUGCCUUUGGUUUGUUCGGAUCGUCAAUAGCCAAGCCAGAGGUUAAUCCCACGAAACGCUCUCAUAUAGUCUCUCUUCCAGAAUCAGGCCAAAUAGUGGAAGGACUUCCAACAUGGAAGGUCCCUGAAUCCGCUUUGACAAGUUCAGAGCGAGCUCGAGAAGUGAGUGGAUAUCUGGAAGUGAUAGACCCAGUGAACCAUACCCUACGUUAUAUCCCGGUCCCUCCUGCUUCUCGACAGUCACCAUACUUGUCUUGGAUGUCGUCCAUUGCAGACACCAGUCUCUUUGUUGCUCCUAUGAGCGAAGAUGGAUUGGUUACAGUGGAUGUUGGAGGCUGCAUCCGAACGUGGGAGACAGCAGUAGUAAAUCUACAGCGGUCACUAGGGGAAUGGAAAAACAUGAUGGGGUUGGAUGAUGGAAGACCUCUUCAGAUUACCAAAGAUCGAGAGAGUGGUCGAAAAGCAGAUGGUCCAAAACACGGGAAAAUUGACCCGAAGAAUGCUCCUCAUCGUGGCGGAAACACAUGGGCAGGAGGUACUGGAGGUAGCAAUACGGCAGGUUUAGGUGGUUUUGGUGGACCAUAUCGACUUGACGCUGGACAUAAGGUAUAUCAAGUCCCCCAGCAUGAAAAGGAUUCUGUUCCAGAUCAUGUCAGGGAAGCUGCUCAGGAUAUGGCAAGAAAAGCUUUCAAAGAGAGACUCCGAGAAAUUGAAAUGAGUGAAUAUGAUGCUGAUGUGUAUGAAGAUUUCUCGAAGAACGUUAGAAGACAAGUCUCCUCACUAAGGGUGAUUUUGGACAGUCUUCAAGCCAAAGGAAAGGAAAGGCAGUGGCUCAAAAACCAAGCAUACGGUGACUUGGAUGAUUCGAAAUUGAUUGAGGGAAUUACAGGUGAAAAGUCUAUAUACAAAAGACGAGGAGAGAAAGAACCCGAAAUGGGUACGCCCCAGGAGAAACCAAAAAGGAUCCGCUUACUGGUAGAUGUCUCAGGAAGUAUGUACCGAUUUAACGGGUAUGACGGACGUCUGAACCGAGAAAUGGAGGCCACAUUAAUGAUGAUGGAAGCUUUGGAAAAAUAUGAAGAAAAGUUUAAGUAUGAUAUUUAUGGACAUUCGGGUGAGGAUCACAAGUUGGUCAUGGUAAGCAAGGACAAAAUCCCCGCUAAUAAUAAGGAACGUCUUGUUGUCCUUAAAACCAUGCAUGCACACUCCCAGUUCUGCCUCAGCGGUGAUACAACUUUAAUGGCGACACAACACGCUUCAGAUGACCUGGCACAAGAAGAAGCAGAUGAACAUUUCCUUCUCGUUCUAAGUGACGCCAAUUUUGACAGAUAUGGGAUUUCUCCCAAAAAGUUUGGGGAGAUAUUAAAGAAAAACGAAAAAGUGAAUGCAUACGUGGUAUUUAUCGGUUCCUUGGAAGAUCAGGCCAGUCAGCUGAUCAAGCAACUUCCGACAGGCCACGCCUUUAUUUGUCUGGACACCAAGAAUUUACCACAGAUUUUACAACAGAUAUUCACAUCUACCAUGCUGUCUGGCAGAUAACAAGACCGUACAUAGUGUGUAUAUAUAUAUAUAAUAUAACACUAACACACACAUAUAUAUAUAAUUCUAGGAGCUCGGGUAUAAAAUUAUGUUGAAUUGUUCAAUAUGAUGAUAAUCAGAAAUAGAUUUCCAUCCAUAAUUUGAAUACAUUAUCAAUAUUAAGUUGAGUCAAAUUAAUAGGUAAAUAACCUUAUUGUUGAUAAUGAAUAUGUUUUCCAGAAAAUGGUUGAUAAUUUUUACAGUAUAUAUACAUAUAUGUAUAUGUAAAAUUUUAUACACUAUAUAGAUUAUAGACCUAUCCACAUAUCUUUCUCAUAGAAAUAUGAAAGUAUUAAUUGUAUCUCUUUGCUGAGUGAUGUAUGUAUUGAUGGUGAUAAAUUUUACAAACUAAAA